AUGAAACCCUCGUUGUUUCUGGUCAACUUAGCAUGUUUGUUCGUUAACGGCGUGCUCGCCCUUCGCUAUGACCCGGAGCAGGUCCUGUUCAACUUGAACCAAAACAAAACCGCCCAGAGCCCGCUGGACUACUGGGGGGAGUGGGAAGACCAUGCCUACUUCCCCUCCCCCGACAAUUGGCGCAUUCCCACGUACACCAUCUUCCUGGACCGGUUCGUCAAUGGCGACCCGACGAACGAUGAUGCGAAUGGGACGCAGUGGGAGCACGACCUGAUGUCGAAUCAAUUUCGGCAUGGGGGGGACGUCUUGGGACUGGUUGACAGUUUUGAUUACCUUCAGGGCAUGGGGAUCAAGGCAAUCUACAUCGCCGGCAUGCCGCAUAUCAACAUGCCCUGGGGUUCCGACGGCUAUUCUCCCCUCGACCUGACCCUUCUCGACCAUCAUUUCGGCAAUAUCGACGACUGGCGCACGAUGAUCUCCAAAGCGCAUCGGCGAGGGAUAUACAUUAUUCUGGAAAACACCAUGGCUACAAUGGGCGACCUCAUCGGAUUCCAAGGAUACCUGAAUACCUCCACUCCCUUUAGCCCCUACGAGCAUAGCUUCGUCUGGAAAUCCGACCGCCGGUACCAUGACUUCCAGCCCGGAAAUGACUGGCUGGAUAAGUGCGACUAUCCUCGAUUCUGGGACGAUCUCGGCACCGGCCUUGCCAAGACUACCCUCGUCGAAGGAUGCCGCGACAGCGAGUUUGACCAGUACGGCGAGGUGGCAUCGUUUGGAAACUAUACGGAAUGGGAACGGCAGAUUACCAAGUUUGCUUUCGUGCAGGAUCGGCUCCGGGAGUGGCGACCGGACGUGAGGAGGAAGAUUGAGCAUUUCUCGUGCAUCACCAUCGCCAUGCUGGAUAUCGAUGGGUUCCGGAUUGACAAGGCUUUACAAGUUACCUUGGAUGCGCAGGGGGAAUGGUCUGACUUCAUCCGUCGAUGUGCACGUCGAUUCGGGAAAGAGAACUUCUUCAUCCCCGGCGAGAUCGUGUCGGGGAACUCGUUUGGAGCUCUGUACAUCGGCCGUGGCCGACAGACCAACCAGACGGUGAAUAAUAUGACUGAAGCUGUCACCAUGACCAAUGUCUCUGCGCCAGAUAUGCAUCUCCGGCCGCCGGAGAAGGUUGCUCUAGAUGCUGCGGCAUUCCACUACACCCUCUACCGCGCGCUCACCAGAUUCCUCGGAAUGGAUGGCACCUUCGAGGCCGAAGGAGACCCGCCAGUGAACUUCGUCGAGACGUGGAACUCUCUCAUCGCCACCAACGACAUGGUCAAUACCAACACGGGCAAAUUCGACCCCAGGCAUCUGUACGGGACAUCGAACCAGGACGUCUUCCGCUGGCCAUCAAUCAAGAAUGGAACGGAGAAGCAGGUCCUCGCCCUGUACGUCAUUGCGUUUAUCAUGCCCGGCGCGCCGAUUCUGACCUGGGGCGAGGAGCAGGCGUUCUACGUCCUGGAAAACACCAAUGCCAACUACGUCUUCGGUCGCCAGCCCAUGUCGUCUGCUAUUGCAUGGCAGUUGCACGGCUGUUACCGAGUGGGCUCUGUGAAGUACCACGAUUUCCCCACGGACAGCGCCCUCUGGGGCUGCAUGGAUGAUACCGUCAGUCUUGAUCACCGUGACCCUUCACAUCCCGUCCGGGGCCUGAUCAAGACCAUGUUCGAGAUGCGACGGAACUACCCCGUUCUCAAUGACGGGUAUUAUCUGCAGCAGCUUUCGAACAAGACGUACGAUAUCUACCUGCCCGGUAGCAACCAUACCCCCACUGAAACAGGCAUGUGGAGUGUUCUGCGUGAUAGAUAUGACGGCGUCCAGGACUUCACAGGCCAGGGACAAGAGAAUCAGAGUGUUUGGCUGGUAUAUCAGAAUGACAAUAGAACGGUCGACUACCGCUUCAAUUGCUCUGAUCCCAAGGACGCUCUUAUUUCUCCAUUCGAUGAAGGGACAACCGUGAAGAACCUGCUGCCUCCUUUCGAGGAAUAUACGCUGGAGACAAGCACAACGAAAUUAGGACUGGAAGGGUCCAGGAAAUGGAACGGAUGUCUCUCGACCCUGCAGCUGCCAGCAUGGAGUUUCAAGGCCUUCGUUCCCAAGGACAGAUUCGUUGCUCCAUCCCCGUUCAUCACCAAGUUCAGCCCGGGUCAUGAUAUGCGUCUGGUGUCGACUGUGACAACGGGCGAAAGGGUCCGACUCAGCUUUGAGUUCUCCGAUGAGAUGAACUGCGAUAGCAUCACGGAUGCCCUUUCUGUCUCCUCGACCGCGCGAUACAACCAGACCGCUCAGUUCGACAAGGGCACCAUUGCCUGUGGACCGUGUACCCAGACGCCGGUAGCGAUUUGGCCUGGUGCCGCUCCGAGUGUCUACAACUACUCGAUUGACUUGGUCAAUGUCCACCACGGCGUUCACGAGGUGGUCGUCGACAAUGCGACGAGCUCGGACGGGAAGCGCUAUACGAACGCCGUUGAUCACUUCUUCCUCCGCAUAGGCUCCAUGGACAACCCAAUCGUUUGGCCCAAGGAAGCCAACUACAGCAGAACGUUUCUUUCCAGGGACAAUUCCACGGACGAUGGAACCCUCGUGGUCUCUCAUCAUGCCCCCGGCGCCGACAAAUGGCGCUACACGCUGGACUUCGGGGCAACGUACAGUGACUGGAUGCCAUAUACCGGGGAAAACGCCACCAUCCCGCCCAAGAACUGGACCGGAACCAAGGCCCAGGCCUGGAAGGGGGAGCAUAUCAUGGUCCAAUACUGGAAUAAGAUCACAGGUAGCAGUGACCACUACCAACACAGCGACCUGGACUGGAACGACAAGCCAGCCCGACGAUUCCCCAACCUAUGGGUCGAAGGAGCUUUCAAUCAGUUCGGCUAUGACGCAGGCUACGAAAACCAGAUGAGGCUCAGCAACCGCAGCGGACUGUGGGAAUACGAGAUCCUGGCCGAAUGGCCGGCCCACAUCCAGCUGAACGCCUGGGGAAUCAACUCGGACGGCAUGCCGGACAAGACCCAGGUGUAUGGGGAUAUUGACGGCGAUGGCAUCCUCGACCGCAUCCCACCGGUGUCUCUUCUGUCGAAUUUCUUCAACAUCACCCAGUCGCCUCCGUGGCCGUUCCUGUCGUGGAAGAUCGCCGUGCGCGAUGGCAAUCUGCAGAUCACCCAGAUUCCAUGCAAGCAUACCUGA